UUGAAACACUUGUGAAACACUCCGAUGUUUCAUUUAGCCGUAGUCACGUGACAUGGGUGUUUUGAAUCACGCUUUGAAUCAGUGUUUCGAAACAUCUGCGCUUCGGGAUCUCGAAAAAAGCUUCGGAACGUCAGUUUCACUUCAGCCAUCCCUAACAGAACAGAACGUGAUUGAGUUGAAGUUGAUUUUUGUUACAUCCUUAUAUUUACUGCUUGUACGCCGUCUGGUGAUUGACAUGCUUCCAGUAGUGGUGGUCCAUGGAGGGGCGAGUGAUAUCCCAAAGGGGCGGACAGGAAAGUCUGUUUCAGGGGUGCGCUCAGCAGCCCGAGCAGGGUACACCAUCCUCCAGGGAGGGGGCAGCAGCAUGGAUGCUGUGGUAGAGGCUGUGACCCAGCUGGAGAAUAACCCUUUCUUCAGUGCAGGGUGUGGGUCUGUGCUGAACAUUAAAGGAGAGGUGGAGAUGGAUGCCAUUGUGAUGGAUGGGAAAACACUGGGUAGUGGUGCCGUGUCUGCUGUACGCAACAUAACCAACCCUAUCCAGCUAGCAAGACUGGUUAUGGACAAGACGAGUCAUACCCUUCUCACAGCAGAGGGGGCCAAUCAGUUCGCCCGGUCCAUAGGGGUCCCUGAGGUACCUCCAGAGUCCCUCAUCACUGAGUACUCCCGAAUGUGCUGGGAAAAGGACCUUGCUGCCAACCCUGCGGAGUGCCAAAUGUGGAAGAUGGGCACAGUUGGAGCAGUGGCAGUUGAUAAUGAGGGCAACGUAGCCUGUGCGACCUCCACUGGUGGGGUCCUGAACAAGAUGGAGGGACGGGUUGGCGACACACCCUGCAUAGGGUGUGGAGGUUAUGCUGACAACCAGGUGGGAGCAGUGUCCGCUACAGGCCACGGAGAAGCUAACAUGAGGGUUACUCUAGCCAGACUCGUCCUGUUCCACAUGGAGCAAGCUUACUCACCCAAGGGGAUCAACAUCUAGGCUAUCCCUCAACUGCGAUGGCAUCUCUUCUGCAAACAUAGGGCAGAAAGUGACAAGCUCCUUCCAACACUUGGAGCUCUGAAGCAGCACAUCUUGAGAGUCCAUGCCCAAACAAGAGUAUGGGCACAGGCAGCCAUUGCUCUGCAGGAUCCACAGCUGGAUCCUCUGCAAAAUGGAUACUUAAAACACUCUGAUGGCAUGCUCAAACCAGUGACCACAGAAGUCCUCCCAGCCCCAAAGGCCAUCCUUGAGUUGGUUCAAUGCAAGUGUAAAUCUGCUCUUCCGGGAGGUGCACCUGCAGAGCUAAGGACUUAGCCUGUACUGACAUGUGUCAUGCAGCAGCCAGUGCCAGAACGAUGAUUCCCAAGCCGUGAUGUAUGAAAGCGAUGAUGAUUAUGAUGUAUAGAAACUGUCUAAUUAAAAAGGUUGCUUAAUCAUACUGUGGUCUAAAUGUGCAUGUCGAUAGUUCCAGAAUAUCCACGUUUUACAUUAGCUAAUUUUAA